CAAUUAUCGUGUAUCAUAGUUGAUUACCUCGAGUCUGCUGGCCCAUUUGAAACGUUAUUUAUAACGAUCUCCGCUCAAGUCGAUCAUCAUUAAUGAAUGUUGUCGGAUGGUGUACACUUCGAAAUCGUUAAAAAAAUACGAUCGAACUGAAAUACUACUUAUACAACCCAUACGAAUACGAGUACUGCAAUUAUUAAUAAAAAAUUAAAUAUCGUUUUGUAUUUAUUUGUUUACAAUUUGACUUAUACGAACAGUAAAAUAUGUACUGAUAAUAGUGGAAAAACUCGCUUUGAAGAAUAAGACACGAACGAUGAUGGUAUAACUCGUGUCGUCGGGAAUAUCUGUAAGUGAUUUUUCUUCGGAAUUACAUUACAGAGCCGAAUACUGCAUCUCAAACAAACUGUUCGACAUCAGUGACGAGUUGCUUUAAGGUAAGUGUAUGAUUUUGUAAAAUAAUAAAUUUAAAAUAAAUAAUCAACCUUAUUUACCUAGGUACUCAACCAAAAAUUCUGGGAAAUAGUUCUUUACGUAGUAUUUUAAAUUUAAUACAAAUUAAGACGCACGAGUACAUGUAUAUUAAGUCUGCUGGUUAAUAUAAAUAUUCUGUUUUCGUUUAAAUUCAUUUUUAUUGAAAUAAGAAAAUCUGUUUAAGGAAAAAGGCACCUAUAUUAUAAGUAGGUAGGUCCAACAGCCUGUUUAAAAAUGCUUAUUAUAUUGCCCCCCAGAUUUGUAUUUCAUUGUAUUACAUAAAUAAUGAUAGACAAGAAAUUAAUGUAGGUAUACUUUUUUCAAAUAAUAAUUUCUAAAAAAAAAAUUCAAAAAAAAGCUGUUACUACAGACAGAUGUACCGCUGUUCUAAGUUGAAAAUUGGAAAUGUGGGAUACAUAAACUUAUUUAAUUUAUAUCCAUAAGGAACUAAAAUCAAUUCGGAACGAAGUUCAAUUAUACAUAUUUUAAAAGGCAAUAUUUACGAUUUUCGUCAAAAUUUAAUAGUUAAACUCUUAUAAAAUACUGCAUUACACUCAACUUUGUUUUUAACUAUUGUGUUAAUGAAUUAUAACAAAAAAACAAAAUUUCUAAUAAUAUAAUCAUUAUUUUCGUAAAUUUUUUUUUCUUUCUACAUCUUUUUCCAGUUUUCCAAAUUAUUACGAAAACUACAAGGAGAAUCAAAUACCCAUUUAAUGAACAAUUAACGAGGUUGUUGACUAUUUCUAAUAGAAAACAUAGUUUGCAAAAAUUAAAAACAAUGAAAUCGGUAAUGUCAAGGUGCGUCGUAAAUAUUUGCCGUUCUAACUAUAAUUGAUACCGUGAAAAAGUAAAUCAAAAAGGCACAAAAUGUGGUACCUUGUGAUUUUUCGAUUAAAUUAUUUUUCUGGUAGAACACGUCGUCCACGGUCUUAUAAAAUAUUGAAAUCGUAAAAUUCUACGUUUCCUUACGUUUUUCCCCUAUUUAAUGAUUUUAUUUGAACAUUUCGUCUUGAAAAUUGAAAAAUGACUUCUUUAAAGGAACCAUCGAGACAAUUUGAACUUUUAGAAAAGUUGCUUCACGUAAAAAUCGGUGCAAGUUUACUAGGAAAAAUGUGUCCACAGACUAGGAGAAAAAUAAAUAAACAUCUUAGUAAAACCAAUAACUCACUACGCUGGGAAUCUAAAACUAAUAGGCCCCUCCUCGUCUAAAAAAAGAAAAACCACAUAUCAUAGUAAAACCAACAGAUUCCUCCCUACGCUCCAAAUCUAAAACAAGACUUUGAAUAUUUUAAUGGAAUACCACACGAACCUUUAAAAUUAAGACAGAUUUAAUAUCUUAAACGUAGAUAAAUUAAUUUGAUACAUUUUUGUGUUUAAAAAACAAAGAUAAAAAUAUUUUUCUAUCAGAAAUAUACACGAUUGAAAAUAUAUUUUUAAUUAACUUGUACUGUAUUUGUAUGACGAUAUUUUUAGCAGUAAACAAUUCUAUUCUAAAAUAACGAAAGGGAUAAAUUUAGUGCGUUAUGGUAUGUAUUCAUUAUACCGCUAAAGUCUGAAAGGGGUUUACAAAACAAACAAAAAAAUAUAUAUAUUUUCACACAUUAAUUUUGCACGAACAAAUUGGUCAUUCUCUGGAUGCAUAUUACAGUAAUAUAUUUAUUUUUUUUUUAUAUAUAUACACGGACGCCAGUAUAUAGAAACUAUUUGUCAAACCCCACACCAAAGGUCUGGCCACCCUUACAGAAUGCACCCCCUUAAAUCAUCAUUGGCCUCUAUUAACUUUAGAAUCCUACCCCGACAAAUUAACUAUUCGUUUUUCAGUAUUAUAUUCGAAUAUGAACGCAAUAACUCCGGGAAUGGUUUUAACCUCGUUGCCGUUAAUUAGGAGCGUUAACUCUUUUGACCGCACUCAAAUCGUCGUCGAGCUAAUAAACCAAUAAUUCCCAAAUUAAAUUACAAUAAUCUUAACUAAUUUAUGUUUCAGCGAUUUUAUUUGAAACAAAAUAAAUAGGUGAUUCAUUCAUACGAAAUAUUUAUCAUUACAUAUAAUGUAUAGUAUUGCCGUUGUCCAUUAGAAAACUUAACCUAAUCUAACAUUAAACCUACUAAUAAUUUGAUCUGGCCGAGCACGUGUCCAAUUAAAACUCGAAUCUCUACUUAAAUAGGCUAUACAGUAGAAAUAGACCGGAACACAUCAGUAGCGGACGAUUUAUUUCCAGUGAAAUUACAAACUUCAUUUCGAGAAACACAAACUUAUUACUUAGGUACUACCGCGUUGUUAUCCGUCUAUCUACGUAAACGAUUAAUGGACAAUUUGUACGAUUUAAACAUAAAAAGAUCACGCUGUCCGAUAUUAAACAUAAUAUUACAUUUAUUUAAUUAGCACUUGUCCAUUUAUUUUUAGAUAUUUUAAAUAAUUAUGUAAGAUUACUUUUGAAAUGCGCCGAAUGCCGUGAAUGGACAAAGUAUAAUUUAACAAUCAAUAUUAAAAUUCCGCGGACCAACCUAUCUACCUAGUAAAUUGUAUGAAAUAUGCGCUUUUCUAUGUAAAAAAAUAUAAAUAAUAGGCCAUUUUAGAUUCUGAACAUAGCGAAGGAUCUAUUGGUUUUACUUUAAUGUGUAUAUAUUUAUUUUUUUUUAUCUGUAAACGACUUUUCCAUGAGAAAUCGUGUUCCAAUCAAAUGAUGGGAGAUGUUAUUUAUUGCACUUUGGAUCAAGUUGGUGCAUUAAACUGGUCAUUAUUUGAUUUUCUAAGGGGUUUUCAUAAUAAUUGGGAAAAACUGGAAACAAAAUAACAAAAAAAAAAACGGAAUAAUGUUUAUGGCGCACUGUGAAGUUACCGAUUACACAUUUUUAAAUUUGUUCGGUUUAUAUUUUUUACCAAAUAUCUUGUCUUAAUUGAAAAAAAAUGCCGAAACUUAUUUUUUGUUUCAUUUUGGAUCUAGUAGUUUUUUUUUUUUUGUUAAUUGCCAGACUUAAUUCAUCACUUAUAAAUUUGUUGAGAUUUUAGGUAAAUUUUAAAUUUUAACUGAAAACCUCAAUUUGAAUGUAAAAAUACACAACAGUAUACUAAUUCGUCAUUUUAAAAUAUUUCAAUUAUAAUUUUUCGCAUGCAAUACUCUUUUUAUCGAACAAAAAUGCUACAAUAGGCAAUGCAAAAUAUUUACCUAUACCUACAAACAAAUGGAUAUUAUAUAAAGUGAUAAAUAUUUUUGUAUCAAAUCUGUAAAAUUAUUUCUUCUCCGAUUAAAAUGCAUUUUAAUAUAUUCUAGACUGCGCGAAGAUCAUAUGAUUUUGCAUAGGACGAAGCAACAUGUUUACUAUAUUUUAACAAUUUGUAUUAUUUACAUUAUUUUUUAUUUUCAUGCAUAUAAAUAUAAAUAUAUAUAUAUAGGUAAAACAAUAAAUAUUAAAGGGGAAAAGGUUAUGGAGAAGAUAAAUUCCCACUGAUCUCGCCCCUUCUGAAGAAUCGAUUCGGUGUUAAAUUGUCCAGAUGAUUUUUUUUUACAAUGUGUUUUUUCUGCUCAGGUCAAAAUUUAAUGGCUGGCAUAAUAUUGUGUUUACACUAAUUAAUCUAGAUUUAUAAGUUUUAAAAUAUAAUAAAUAUAUAUAUGCAUGUGUAUGUGUUCGUGUGUUUGUGUAGCCGUUAGAGGCCGUCUUGUUCCCAAAUAUAUUUUUAACCGGCAAAAUAACAUUCUAAAUGCUACAAAUUAUUCCAUAAAAAAAAAAAAAACGAACAAUGGUCGCGUAUGUAAAAAUAGAAAUUUGAAUUUUCUCAGUCCACCUUUGGGACAGCUAAUACAUAUGCGUAUAAUAUAACGUUGUCGUUGAAAAAUUAAUGUUCUAUCAGUAUAAUAUUACAAUAUUAUUAAUGUCGAUUUUGUUGAUUUAAAUUGUGUCGGUGAUUUCAUUAUGAUGUUAUUAUCAAUUCGAAACGACAAUGCGGUUACAAGGCACGUGGUGUUUGAAUAGUGUUCCCCUAUACUCUCCCCCUGUCUAAAAUAAAAAGUGGAAUAUUUCGUUAACGGGUUGAUGGAAAUCAAAAUUUACCAAAAUUUAUUUGAACAAAUACUCCGUCUAUAAAUAGAAUUACAAAAGUAAACCCCGAAAAUGGCGUCUUCAAAUUUGAUUAAAUAAUUCUAUAUUACAAUAUUAAAUAUUAAAAUAGAAAAGUGUUGAUUAUAAAUUAUUCUCCUCUAUUUUUCGUAUUAAUAGGAUAAAAUUGCCGUAACAUAAAAUUCUGAACACUGUGUAUACUGAGCGAUCAAUCCUCAAUAAAAGUGAAAUUUAUUAUGAGCUUUUUUCGGAAAUUUUUAUUUUUGAACAAUUUAUAAAAUAAGUAGUGCUAAAAUGUUAUAUUACCAAUAUUUUUUGCCACCCUCAUUUAUGAGAGUGAAAUAAUUAUACAACCCAUUUUCGAUUUAAAAAUUGCUAUAAUACCUAUAUUAAAAAUUUUACAAAAAAAUGAUAUUUUAAUAUUUGAAUAUAUAUUGAUGUUUGAAUUUCAAUUUCUAUCGAUCCGUUUACGAGAAAUACAACUUUAUAACUUGGGUAGGGGUAGUUAGUAGAACAUAAUUUGUGUGGCAACCCAGCUCAAGGCGUUUGAACAAAUUAAUUUCGAAAAAAUUGAUUACACUCUUAGCGAGUUCAACAAUCUCUAAUCAGAAUCAUUGUUUAAAACGAUUUAUAUUUGCUUCUGACGUAAAAUCUUAAUUACGCUGUAUCCUAUAAAUUUCCAAUGUUUCAAAUAUAACAGUCGCGUCACGGUAAAAUAUAUGUGAAGUUUUGUAUUAAAUUUAAAAACACUCAGUGUGCAAUACCUCACUGUACAGUAUACGGUCGAGAUAGUAGUUUUGAAUCAUAUUCUGAUACAUGUGGGAGGAAGAGGGGGUCACCUGCCCCCCGUGGGCCGUAUAGUUAUAUGUGUGUAUUGUUAUUUAUCAUUAAUCUUUUUACAAUUAUUUUAAAUUUUUGUUUUUCAAAAAGUACCUUAUUAAUUAUUAAUACGAUAAAAUGGUAAACUCAUAGACAUUAAAAUAUUUUUAUUAUCUAUGGUCGUAGCGGGUCGAGGAUUCUGGUGCUUGUUUUUGCGGCUCGACCGUUGUUUCUUAUAAUUGAUUUCUAGUUACAAUAUAAAAGUUCCGCGAUCUCUUAUACGAGUUUGCGCUGUUGCAUAUUUACCAGGAAAUAAGUAUACCAGUGGAUGACAGUUGAUGUUACCGUUGAAAGAUUCUCUUCUAUGAAAAGCCGGAGGUUAGACUUGAUAUUACACGUUUAUAACACGCAUUAAAAUAUAUUAUUUAUUUAAAUGAGUAUGUCGUAUUUAUACAUUGAAAUUCUAGAUUUUACAAAUACAAAAGAGCCCAAUUCCCGCAUCUAUAAAUACAAUUGUUGUAGAUGUGACGUUACUUUUUUAAUGAAUUUUUUAUUUUAAGAGUGGAUGAACAUAUAUUUCUCCUCCCCCCCAUCUGUAAGGAAGGCCUAAGUAUCCCACUGAUUACAUUAAAAUGCGAUACGCAUAUUGAUAUUUAGUUGUAUAGUGAAAGAAAAAUCUUAACAAUACCUAACAGCGAAAUAUAUAUUGUAAAAACACGUAUUUUUUUAAAAUUAUGGUCUCACGCGAAUUUAGUCGUGUGGGAAGUAUUUAGUAGUUUAUGAAUAACAAUUAUUUCGUUUUUGAAAAAAAAAAAAAAAAAGGGUUAUUCAGGGUGAUCGAUCCGUACUCCGGGCGGUCAAUCUAUACACUCAUUAUCUCGAAAAGUAACAACAUUUUUUAUUUUUAAGACAAUUCAAGAAAUAAGCAACCUAAAAUUUUAUAUUACCGUUAUUUUCAACCAACCUUAUUUUUUGGGGCAACUAAAAAUUCAUCUAUUUAACCAACUAUUAAUAUAGGGUAAUAGUUUUAUCCCCGAACAUAAACGAAAAAUAACGGUAUUGUAUAGAGCCGCUUGUUUCUGGAAUUGUACAAAAAACAAUAGUUAAUACUUUCCAAGAUAACGGAUGUCUUAUCGAGAAUUGAUCACCCUGUAUUGUAUUUUAUUUUAAUAUUGUGGCUUGAUGAUAGAAUACUGUUAUAAUAACAGACAAUAUCGGUGUAAAUUAAUACUAUUAUAUUAUUAUUAUAUAUUUAUGGUAUUUUCGGUUAAAAAAAAAAAUAUGGUAAUAUAUUGUUUUCGGACACGCUUGCAGAUAUUGUUCAUAGCGUUUUUUUUUUUUUUGGGGUAGUGGAGGCUCCCUCCCUCAUCACACCAACUACUCUACCGCCUCGACAGAGUAGAUGAUUCAUAAAAUAUUUAUAAGUUUUUGUUUUGAACGUUAAACAAUUGCGCUUGUGUUGUCGGGCUGUUAAAAAAUAGAUUUUCAGUUUGAUCGAUGGAUAAUAAUUCUUCCCGAGUCAAUAUAUCGCGGCUGAAACAAUACAAUAAAUAAUAGUUUUGUAAUAUUUUUGUGUAUCAUUAAAACUGUAUAAUCACAAUCGUGUAUUCGAUACAUAAAUAAUGUAUGUACCGAUAUGCUGUGGAAUAUUCCAUUUGGACACUUUUCGUUCAUUAUUACGAUUAGUAUUAUGAUUAUGUUAUUAUAUUUCUGGAUUAUAAUUUUAAUUUAAUAUUUGUUUCAGUCACUUGUUUUCUUUUCAAUAAUUUUCAUUAGAUACCUAUCAGAAUAAUUAUUGAUCGAAAUUCAACCACACCGCUCAACCAAACAAUUUCAUAAAAUCAAUAUUUUGUUACAUAUGAAAACAAUAAUACUAUUUUGAAUUCAAAAUGUUGUCAAGUAAAAGUAAUGCUUUCAGUUUGCACGUACAUAUUUCCUAUGCGACUGUACCUAAAUAAUUUUUAACCCUCGUUAUGUUGAAAUACACAAUUUUUAAAUAAUUAUUAUUUAAAAUAUCGGAAAUACGAUGGACAUCCACAAAGUGUUUUGAUUUGAGUCUAUGUGAAAAUACUACUGAUAGACAGCGUUUGACUUUUGCCGCUGAAGGUAAAUAUUAUGUAUAAUAUUUAUAUACAUACGGCCGCUUCAAUUUAAGAAGACGGGAUAGCCGCAAUUAGAUUACAGACGCACGACGUAACCGAAUUUGCGUUCAUCGGGGACAAUUUUGUGCUGCAGCGGCGUCAUUCGGACCGCACAAGGUAUAAAUUUACGUAUUUGGCCAAGUGCGAUAAAUUGUUUGACCUGGAUUUUGAUUGCGCAUUACCGGUCUACAUAUUUUAUUUUUAAAUUAAUAUUUUGUUUUUCCUUUGAAUGAAAAACAAAAACGUAAUUAGGACAUUAUGUAGAUAUUGUUCAUGAUUUUCUAUAGUCGUGAUGAUUCGUGAAUGAAAUUGCAUGAGUUAAUUAUUUAAUGUUUUAUUAGCUAAUAGUAGAUUUGUUUGAAACUAUGUGGAUUAUUUUAUUUUUAUUGUGUUGAAAAUUCUCGAUAGCUAGGUUUUGUGACCUGCAUUAUCAUGUGCGUAUUAAAAAAAAAAAAAAAGCCACUGUCGUGUUAUUCUAAUAUUAGAGUUUUUAUCAUCAAACAUUUAGAUAACAACAUUAUUUAUUCAAUUCCAUCGGGUUUUUCAAUAUUUUAAUUUUCAAGCGAGAUAUGAAUAUGUAAAAUAUCACAAUUUAAAAAUAUCUCGCUGUUUGUGUCCCCACUCAACGAAAAUGUGCUUGGUCGUACGUUUGUAAAGACGGAGAUGACAGCACAUGCGGGUAUCACGUCAUUUUAAUACUUCUACUUUAAUUUAAAUUUUUUAAAACCAGGUGUACCAUUUCUGUUUCUUAAAAGUAAGUAAAAUAUUUUGUGAGUUUGAUUUUCUCUCUAUCGCCUGGCAUGAAGCCAACAUAUCAAUCAACAACUAAGUAAAUUAUGAAUAAAAAUUACAAGGAAGUAUGAACACAACUUUCCUCCAAAAAAACAAGGCCCUUGUUGAAACCUCAAAAUCGCCUUUAAAUUUGUAUGAUUUGUUUUGUUUCAGAAAAUAUUUUAUAAGGAAACCUAAAUAUUUUUCUCAGUGAUAAAACCGAACUGAUUUAUACUAUACUUAAAAAAAAAAUAAAACCUAUCGCACAAUAAUUCUAUACAAAUCAUUAUUUUGUGUAUGGAAUGCAAGAUAAAUACGUUAGAUACCCCCCGUAAAAAUUGUACAUUUAAAAAAUUGUCCGUGACGACAACUGUCGUACCUAGUGGUACUAUUUUUAUAGUUUGUACUUACUAAGUACCUACUCAAAAAUUAUCUGUGUACAUAUUUAUUAUAAAAUAAUCGGACAUAGUUCGCACGAUUGGUGGGCCACUGAUGUAGGAGAAAAGUUGGGAAGGUAGAAUAUAGAAGGGAAUUUAAUUUACUUAUAUCUGUAUGCAACAAUUAAUCAUUUAUUUAUUUUAUUUAUAUAUUUAUUUAGCCAAAUUAAUUAAUUAAUUAAAACAGUGAAUUACAUUAUUAAUAUUAGCUGAUACAUAUAUCAACUGAGCUCGUAUCUGGUAUACGAAGUUCGUGAAUAUUAUUCAAUGUAUAAUUAUUAUUGAUAUAGUAGAUAUUUAAAUAAUUUUAAAAUGCAACUUAAUUAAAUUAAAAGUAACAUAGUAGAUGUUGUUUUUUUAUUAUUAUUAUUUUGUAAUCAUUGCUAACGGAAAACGAUUUUAAGCGAAGUUAGAUUAAUGAUCAUAUAUGUUUUAAAAGGCCGUAAUAUUUCCUGUUUUUGUCAAACUCUGAUGUUAAAAUUCUUAUAAAAAAAAAUACCACAUUAAACUCAAUUUUUUCUUGUUGACCACUAAAUACAACUUAUAAUGAAUUUGCUGUUAAGUUUUCAAGCAUUUCUGUUAGGUCUAAUGAUUUUAUCCACCGAGUACCUACCAAAUAAAAAUUAUGUAAAACACUCCCAAAAUUAAAAUGUCUAUGAAUAGCUCAAAAAUGGCUCAAAUGAUUUUAAAAUUUGAAUAAAAAUUAAAUACAAGUUUUCUGCUCAAAUUUCAAGUUUCCACAAACAUUUUUAACUCAAUAACAGCAAAACACUAAAUUGGAAAUAAUAAAAACAUUAUUUCUGUAAAUUAGUCCGUUUUUCUCGGUUUUCCCCAAUUAUUAUGAAAACCACUUGGAAAUUCAAAAAUUGAUCUGUUUACAGUACCAACUAGAUACAAUUUACUUUCAGAAAAAGUACUGCACUUGAUACAUUGAAGCUAAAUUCUUGGUAGUAAUUUUGACAAAGAAUAAAAAAAAAAAUAAACAUCAUUCUAAAACCAAUACAUUACUCGCUUCGCUCAAAGUCUAAAAUAACUACAUUUUAUAAAAUUGUAUAAUUGUGAAAUAAUGUAUUUGUAUUCUUACAAUUAUGCAAAGUUGUAUAAUUAUUGUAUACAUUGCACAUGCUAAGUCGUUAUAAUGCGGACGGAAGUAACAUUUGUUUUACAAAAAAAUAAUACUUUUUUAUAGUAUUAUGUAAAUUGCAUUUAUUAAAUUAUUAAUUCAAGUACAAAUAUCACAUUGACAUUCAAAUAUGCCCCCGCUUCAUAACUAACUGUAACAAAUAUAAUAGGUAGACAGUAUUAUAUAUCGAUCAGUUUAAAAUAUUGUCUAUUAUAAUACAAUGUUUAUAGUAAAUAUAAUUUUGAAUUUUUAACAACGGUGUUUUUAUGUACCCAUUUUGGAAGUAAUUUAAACAUGUUGAAUUAUCUGUGUUAUAAUUUCUAUUCUUACAGUGUUUUACACCGGAAAUAUUUUAAUUGAUAAGCCCUUAUGGCCAUUCGCGUGUUAAUUGAAACUAACGACAAACAACAAAAAAGCAAAGUACGUAAUCUCAUUGGAGAUGUUAACAUAUCAGUAAAUAUAUAAGUAAAUAUAUUUACAAAUACUAAAAGGGGGUUAUUAUAUCUGUAAACCUUAGAAAAAGUUAGAUUAUUUAAAAAAAAAAAUAAUAAUAAUAUUGUGAAACUUGAAAAAUAAAUGGUAAAAAAAUCAAACUUGUCGUAUAACUGUUUAUAUUAUUUUAAAAUACGUACUAAACCGGAUUGCUUUAUUUGUAAUAUUGUAGAAAGCCUUGACUUAAGACGUGACUUAAUAAUUUGCACUACCUGUUUAAGAUUUAACAGUAUAAUUGUUUUUUUUUUUUAAUUUUAUCUAUAAACUAAGUUGCAUACAACUUUGUUAAGUAUAAUACAUUUUGAUAUUCGCAUUUCGUCUGUUUAAUAUAGUGUCUAGUGGUUUAUGAGUUAUAACUUAUAAUGGUUUAAAGUUUUGACCGUCAAGAAACUGAGAACGAGGAAUAUAAAUUACGCAAACUUUAAAUAAUAAUUAAUUCAAAAUCAUUGUAUCAUAUAUUUUGGAUUUAAUCAAAGAUUGGUUCUUUUUCUAUUUCUUCUUUUUUCAGUUUUUAAAGGCUGCCAUUGAGGCACAUUAGUGUAACGCAUCUGCCUCAAUCUAUCCGUGGGCGCCUGCAGGAAAUUUAUCAGGGAUGGCCAUAAUAAACUAAAAAACAAAAAAAUACUUAAAAUAAAAUUACGAUACUAAAUUAAUUAUUUAAAUUAUACUUAUAAUUUUAAAAACCAGGGGGAACCGAUGCCCCGUCUUGCCUUGCCUCUCUCCCUCUGAAUGCCUAUGCAUCAAUCCCUAUCCUGAGCUAACGCUCCUCCAUAUUUCUGACUUCGUCAUCCCACCUUUAUUUUAGCCUAUUCAGUAGUCAUUUGCCAUUUGGACAUUGUUCUCUCAUUUCAGAACCUAUUUCAUUAUAGCAUCAGAUCUCCAUACGUGACCAGCCCGUGUACUUCUUAUUCAUUUUAUAUCAUCUUACUAGAUGUAGUAAGUAAAUAUUUUUCUUGUAUAACUGUCGUAAUUUCGCACUAAUAUUCAAAAAUUAUUAUCUGUAAAAAAAAAAUCACCCUGUAUAACAUACAUAAACCGACCGCUAUAUUAGGAAUAACGAAAUAUACCUAUACCUAUAACUACUAAUAAAAAAAAAAUGCCAUUCAAGGGCAAUUAAAUUAUUUUAGAAUUCAUUUUUUUUAAAUUAAGUACCGAUAGUCGACAGUAUAAAAUAUGCAUAUAUCCCAUGUACAAAAUAUUACAAUUUCCAAUAGGUGCCUAUUAUACCUGCAUAUAUUAUACACAUAAAUAUAUUUGUGAAUACAAGCAUGCCUAUGUUUCAUUAAGAACUUUAUAUGACUACUUACUAACAAUCAUUCAUCAUUUGAUAGCUUUUUCACAUAUAAAAUGAUUCUUUAAUGUCUGAUAUUCAAUAGUUGGUCUAGAAAUGCUAAUAGAUAUCCUGUUAUCACUAAAAUAUUGACUCAAUACCAAUUUCCAAUUUUGUUAUUAUUCGAAUAUUUGCAUUUAAAUACGUUUUAACAGAUGCAUUUUGAAUACCUUAAAUAUACUUUUUUAUCGUAUUUGUAGUCAAGAAUAUUUAUUUAUUUGAGUAAUUAACGACUGACAGCAAUAUACGUAAUAAGGUAGAAAACAGAACAAGAAUUUCCAGAAAAAUGUACAGAUAGAACUAAGGGAAAUACAAAAUAUAGUAUUAAAAUUAUACAGAUUCAUAAAUUGACAAUUGAUAAUAGAUAAGCUUUAAAAUUAAACUAGGGCAGUAUCUAUAUAAGAGGUGUUGGCAUUACGCAACAUUCUGUAAAGAUAGUGAUUGUGUCCAAAGAACGUAGAAUUAGUGGGAAUGUGAAAUAUUUUUUGUGGUUACUAUAACCACAAGAUAAGAUACAAUGGUUAGGCAGGUCGGAUACGAAUAUAAUAUUGAGGGUGAAUAUAGAAUACUUUAGUUUAUGUUACAAUAUAUUAUAUUAAUACUGUAUAUUAUUAAAUUUUCAUUGUUUUUAAAAUAAUAUUUCAUAAUGGAUCUAAGAGAUAUUUAAUACGAUUUUUUUAAAAUUGUAUCAUUAUACAAUUAUAUACCUACCGUACUCAAACUCAUUAUAACAUAGACGGAAAUUAGUGGUCAGGGGAGACUUACGGGGUAUAAGCCUCUUAAAAACAUAUAAACAGAGAAAUUUACCCCAUCAAAUAUACUAAGUGUAAAUUGGUCAGUGGUCAUUGGUCAUCACUAUAUACUAUAAAUAGUAAAUGUAUAUUUAUAUGCAGUCAUUUUCAAUAUAUUAUUGAGAGCGCGAAUAAAAAAGUACGAUUUAUAAAAAAAUAUAUAUACAUAUACUUACAAUAUAUCUAUUGUUUUAAAAUAAACCAUUUAAAACAAAUUAAAAAAUGCUGAUAAUAUAAUUAAUAGACAUCCAUCCAUAUAACAUAGGUACUGGCAAUGUAUAGCCGGUAAGGAUGUUUAAAAUAAAUCACACAUACAUUUUUUCCUGGUGUUUAAAAUAAUAUGUUUUUUUUUGCAAGCGCAUAGAGCAACUUUAAUAUACAAUAAACUAUAAUAAAAAAAAAAUCAGGUCCUUUUAAAAUUAUGGAAAAUGUCCGUCCAUAGAUUAUAAUUAAGAUAAUUUAAUAUGGUAAUCUACCUAGCUAAAGUCAACCUAAUAAGCUCAUUUAAAAAUAGAUCCUAUUAAAUAUUACGCUAAUAUGAAACAUAUGAAAUUCUUGAACCGAUUUAAAUUAAAUAUCAAUAAAUAAGUUUAAAUGUUUUUAGUUUCCGAGUAGAGCGAAAAGGCUUUUGGUUUUAUAAAGAUGUUUAUUUUUUAUUUUGUGGACAACUUUUCUACCAAAGAACAUAAACUGACUUUUACGUGUAGUAUCUUUUCUGAAAAGAAAUCUAUGUGAGGAGGUACUCUAAGGACGUCGUUUUUCGAUUUCCUCGAGAAUUUUCCCAGUAAAUGUGAAAAACCGGGAAAAACAUGGGAAAACUGGGAAAAUCGUAAGAAAAACGGGGAAAUCGGUACAAAAACAAAUAUUAUUAAAGAUAAUUUUAAACAGCCUAUUUGAUUAUUUUACUAAAAUAUGAAAAAAUUAUAACGAAUAAAUGAAUAAUAAUUCGAAUAUAAUUGAAAAGUAUUUUUAACAAGACUAUUUAUUAAGUGUAUUCAUACAGAUUGAUACGGGUGUACAAAUAAUGGAAACGUAUCAAUUAUUAUGUGUUAGUGGCAUGUUUGAAAAACAUUUUAAUUUUUGCAUGGUAGACACGCAUUGUAGCUAAAAUAUUAUUUUGGCUACUCGUAAAUUACCUAUGGUAACUGUGUAUGAUGUGUAUGAUGAGGCUAAAUAUAAAUAAUAGACGUGCAAAACUAAUUUAAAAUAGGUUAUUAAUAUAAAUAUACUACAAUAACCACACGUCAUGUAACAUUAAACUCUAACCCCCCUCCCACCUUCCAGGAAGGUGGUAAAAAAAUAUGUCCCUUAAUAUUAUUAAUCGGACUUUUUAUACAUUUUCCCCGGCUCGGAAUUUAUAUCUUCAGAGCUGCUUUUAUAGCAAUAAUACAAAAAUAUGAUAUUUUUCGUAUUCGUUUAGAAGCCGCGAGAAAAAUAUUACAUUUAUAAAAUAUGAAAAAUUAUUAAGUUCCCAAAAAUAUUAUACCUACUACAUACAUUUUUUUAAUGUUUUUAUUUAUUUGUAAACUCAUACAUCAAAUAUUAUAUAUUACAUAUUUGAAAAAAAAAAAUGUAUAACUUAUAAUAGGUAUGCAAUAAACACCGAAAAAUCGAUAGUUGAAUAAGAAUAAUAAUAUAACUUACUUUAAUACCUAUAUAAUAGGAGUUACAGGCUAUAAAACAGUAUAAUUCCGGUGCGGCGGUGAUGGUCUAUAUUUUUUCGCCGCAGAAUAAUCGUUAUCGUUUUAUAGACAUUAUAUAUUAUGUUAAGCAAAAAAAUAUGUAGUAUAACGUGCCUAUAAUUAUUCGGGAAAAAAAUACCAGUUGAUUUUUUGGUAAUAUUAUAUGAUUUUAUGCCGAAUCUAUCGUAGUGGAAAUACGGACUAUAAGAGUAUACCUUACGUUUAUUUCGUUCGUAUCAUACUUUUAGAAUGACGUAAAUAAUUUUUUACCACGCGCCAAUAUCCCCUGCCUAACAUUUUAACAACCGUUUGUAAAAACUAAAAUACCUUAUAGUUGUUUUAAACGCAAAUAUUUUAAAUAUUAAUUUUAUUUAUAGAUACGUAUGAGUUUUAAAUUUUUCGUGUAAUGUGCGAAUCGUGAAUACGACACAUUAUAAACUAUAGUUAAUAAUAAUGUUUAAAAAAAUAAAGAAUACGGACGUCUGUCAAAAUCUUAAACACAAUAUCUAUUUUUUUUAAAUUCUGUGUGAAAUGUAUUGGUUUUACAAUGAUAUUUAUUUUAUUUAUUUAUUUAUGUGAACACGUCUUCUACCAAAAAUCAUAUUCCGAUUAUCAAGUGUAGCACUUUUUCUGAAAUGAAUGUUCUCUGGAUAGUACUUUGAAGAGGUAAUUUUUUGAAAUUCUCAUUAAUAUUUGAGAUAAUAAGGAAAACCUGGUUUUCUAGUUUAGAAAAUAUUGAAAGAUGAAAAAUAAGGUUGUCAUUGGCAACUAAUUUUAUUUAUUUUUUGUUAAUAUUAAGUUUUUAUUAUUUUAAUAUUUUUUUAAACAAUCAUUGUUGUCAUGGAAAUGCACACUGUUGUAAUCAUUUUAACAUAAAAUUACAUAUACCAUAUAUUGUAUUGUUGAUAAAGCAACACUAUCAACUGAACUCCGCUCAGAAUCAUUUUUUCGUUAGCAAUGGUUUAUCGUUGCUUACAGAUUACACAUUAAAUUCCUGUUUGUAUCCUACCUUCCCAACUUCCCACCUACAGCAGUGGCUGCACCUAUGUGCGAAGUAUGUCCGUUCUUUUUACUAAUAUUUUUAUCACCGUUAAUAAAUUGUUGUUAUGGUAAUGAAAUAUGUUUAGUAAUUAAUAUUUUAGUAUUAUUAUUAUUGUAAUGUCAACUCGUGCAUUAAAUGAGAAUACGAGCGAGCGGAAAAUUUGUAACAUUCCGCGAAAUAUACAGGAUAUGUAAAUGGUUGGGCGUAGAGAAAGUUGAUCUGAUUCAAAUGUUUGCGUCCUUAUUGAAAAAUUGAGAUUAAGCAUUUUUACCGGCUGUAUCGGUUAACCAGCUGUAUUGGUUAUUGUUCAAAUACCGCUUGAACGGUAUACCGUAUAUUCGGAACGUUCACGAAAAUAUUUAAUUCGUUCACGUUAACGUUCAUUUUAAUUUUAGAUUCAGAGCGUAGCAAGGGAUCUAUCGGUUUUACUAUGAUAUGUACCUAUGGUUUUUAUUUUGUAACUGUAAAAAACUUUUCUCCUAGAAAACAUUGUAUAUUACCAUGUUUAACGAUUUAAACCUACUACCUCCAUGGAAUAAUACAUUUUGAUGUAACGAGUUAUGCCGUUAUCAGUGUUUUCACUUAUACAAUUAUGCUUUCAUUCAAUAGUAUAAAAUAAAAUAUCAACGAACGAGGUUUUCCGGUAUGUGUCGUUAUUACGAUUUUCCGGUACUUACCAAUAUUACAGUAUACCGUUCCGUUUUUUUUCGGCAAUUCAAGAAACAAGUAGCUCUUAAAUUCUGCAUUUCUAUUAUUUUUCGUCACCCUUGUUUUUUAGUGGUAUUCGUUUCACGCCCAAAAUAAAGGUGAAAAUUAAUGAUGAUAAUGAGAUACAUUUUAGAGUUGCGUGCUUUGUAAAUUUUCAAAACUAUUUUUUUUUUUUUUAAAUCAAUACUUUUCAAAAUAACGAGUGUUUCACGUUAAUUCAAUCACUCUGCAAACUUCUCUUGUAGAUUUCGUGGAUUUGGUGAGUCGCGUAUGAUCGGUAUGUUUUCUUGUUUGAAAAAACAGACGAUCGUUAUAAAAAAAAUGUAUAUAAUAUAAGUCGUUUGAGAAUUCUAUACAAUUUAUGUGCAAUUUACAAGUGUCGUAUAAAUGCGGUAGGUACCAGUUUCGUGUACCGAACCUUAAGAAAAACAAAAAACUAGUUUUAUUUCAAGAAUACCUACGUCUUCGCGAGCAAAAAAUCACACAGGUAUGACGAUAACUUAUAAUAUUAUUAAUGUAAAUUAUGAAACCGCUUAUUAAUAAUUCGCAUUUAUUAAAGAAAUAAAAAACAAAGUCAAGAUUCAAGAUUUAUUUGUUAGCUACAUGCAAAGCGAUCAAUAAUUGUCUCUGCUGAAACAACAAGUUCUCGGGGAAUAUGCAGUAACGCUAAAUCACAUAGUCGAUCCUUGAAAAACCUUUAUUCCAAGCCAAAUUUUGGUGCUAAAGCAUUAAAAUAUUAAAGCAAAUGAGCAAAAUAAUUAACAUAGAUGUAUCUAUAAAUAAUAUGUAAAUUAAGAUGAAAAUAUUGAAAAAUAAGUACAAUGGAAUCUGUAGGAUAUUCAUAUCGAUCCACCAAAAAAAUAAUCAUCGAAAUCGUACCACUUUUCGAGACUUGAGAGUUUAUCCAGUAAAGCGUGUUUUUCGGAAAUAAACGCUCUGUUAUCAGGCCCUUAAGACACAUUUGUGUAGCUCAGAUAUUUAUUAUAGAUACCUAACAAAAUAUUAAUGUUAUUAUUUUACAUUUGAUCCACGUUGGUUCUCCCCGGUGAAAAACUAAAGUUUUCCUGACGCAAAAGGCUUAAAAUUGUCAACUAUUAAUUGAAGCUCUGAAAUUGAAAUCGUUGGGUACGUUUGAAUGUAUUGGCUUUGCUAUGAUAUGUGUAUUUUUUUUUUAAACGGGUAUUUUUUUUUUUUUGUUUAAUUAUAUCACGCUUUAAUGUCCGUUAUAAUAAGAGGUUUCAAUAAAAUAUAGAUACAUAAUAUUAUUUCGAAUCAACCGACAAAAUAAUAAUAAAAAAUAUCACAUGGCAUAAUUAAUAAUUUAUCUAUAAUAUGUCCGUGUACAUUUCCAAGUGACCUAACUACAGUGUAUUUUUAAUGUAUUAAACAAUACGUUUGGUCGAAUUAAAAAUAAUUAAAUUAUAAAUUCGUAAUUAUUUCGAUCGACUAAUGAAGAUAGUGCAUUCAUGCAAUGGCCACGUGAAUUCACAUAGAUACACACGGUUGCACACCCUCGUUGCACUAAACGUUACCUAUUACAUCAUCAUUUUUUAGUGAAUUUUUAGGACAGCAUUAAAAUAAUAACAUUACGGUGUAAUUAACUAAAACACGCCAUUUUCAUAUUAUUCAGCGUAAUAUUUUAUAAUAUAUUUGGUUUGAUAAAAAAAACGGGAUACGAACUACGUACCUAUAUUAUACAAGUUAUUUUUGCAGUACUAACAGAUUAAAAUUUGUCUUUGGUACGUUGAACUAGAUAUAUGUGUUAUAACACCUAACCUAUAGGUAUCAAAAAGUCUAAGGUAAAAUAUUUUUAAAAAGUAUUCAGACUGAAUAUUCGAAUAUUUGUCAACAAUUGUAUUUUUAAAACAUUCCGAAUACUUUGCGGAAAGCGUUCGGCAUAUUUUACGAAUACGUGUAAAAAAAAAUAUAAUGUAAAGUUCGGAUGAUUUAAGGGAACAAUAUAGAUAUUAUAGUGAUAAUGAUACAUGAUUAUACAUUAUAUUAUAUAUUAUUAACUAUUGCAAAUUUCGAAAAAUGUUUUAAACCCGGUGAAAAAUUCCGAAUUGUUUAAAAUAAUGUGUAAACAAAUCGGAACAUUUUUAGUACAACCGGAAAAAUGUUUUCCGAGAAAAUAAAGUAUACAUCUAAGUAAGCGUUAAAAACUCUAAAACGAGACUGAGAAAAGUAAUUUUUUUCGCUUUAAGGAAUAAUAUAUUUUUAAAAAAUAUUCUGAUUACAAUAUUGAAUAAUUAAUACCCGGAAUACUAUCCACGUAUGACGUCAACAUGAAUGCAUAUCAUUGUGUACAAUAUUAUUAUGCCGUAUUUAUGAAUAACCUAUACAUUAAAUUAUUAUGCGUUCACUAUAGCUGUGCUACAUAAUAUUUCAUUAAGUAUUAUGACAUAGCACCUAUAUGUAGGUUAUAAGUAAUCAAGUUGAAUAAUGUAGUAACUUGUCGAGUAACAAUAAUUACACAAUAAAUACAUUUCAAUUAGCAUUAUUAGUGACGUUAACACUAUAAUAGAUAUUUACUGCUGUCGGUAUGGUACCUGUAAGACGAUUUUGAACAUUCCGGUUUCGUGAUAUUAUUACAACAACGGUGUCCUUACUUACUCAGUGCUUUAAAUGUUGAAUAUGUUUUUACAUUAAUUUGUGCGCUUUCGUUUUUUUUUUUUUUUUUUUAAUUUUAUUUUUCUCUUUUUUUCUGUUUGUUAACAAAUUUUCGACCAAAGCACUCGCUCCGAUUACCUCUGAACAUUAUAGUCAAUGUUGGUUUUUAAUGAAAAUUAUUUUCAAGUCACGACGCAUUUUUUUUUUUUAUUUGUAUCGCCUUGUAAUUUUACAAAUAACUGAAGAAACCAGAAGAAACGUCGGAAAAACAGUAAUAUUAUUUAGCUUUUAUUUGGUUAAAAUUUUUUUUGGUCGAACACAAAUGCUUGACAGUUUGACGCUUUAUAUACUUUUUAUGUAAUCGUUUUUUUUUUUUUUUUAUAAGCGUUUUGAGUUCAAGUUCUAACGAAAAUCGUAAAAAUUACGGCAUUCCAAAACGCGUUUAACUGUACUUCACUUAGAAUCGUAUUUUGUUAGCAAUUAUUUGUCGUUGCAUUUAGUAUCACAACUUAAAUGUCCUAUAAAUCUUUCUGAGUUUCAACUUACAAGCGCCGAAACCAAGGUCUUCUUUAAUAAUACGGGAUAUGGAUAUGGCGGUUCUUGGUGGGAUUUUCAUUUUUCGGGCCAUGAUUUUUGUGCUUGCAGGAUGGAUUACUACGGAUUCUCUGCUCGACAGCUUUAGUUCGUGUUUCGCGUGGUCGUCCAUUUCUUGGUCUGUCGUCUACAGUAUUCAUUUUGUUGAACCGUUUAGUGGUCCGAUGAACACAUUUCUGAGUUAUUUUCAGCGAUUUUAAUAAUUUGAAAAUCUCUAACGGGGGUUUAUUCCUCUUAAAUAACGCUAUCACUGCAAUACGAUUCUCAUUAAUAUCCCAUUCCGUAUUUACUGUGUAACGUGAAAAUCCGUAUUAAUCAGACAUAACUAGUAGAUAUGACCAUUAGGUAAAAUUAUAUUUGAAAACAAAGUCAUUAGCGUUUAGCAUUAGCGAUUUUAGAAAAAUGUAUAAAUGGGGACAGCACUUAUGGCGCGACUUGGUAUUUAUCAAUUAACCACUAAUUACGUUAGCUGAGAUCACAGUAAUAUUUUUACGCAAACGAAUAACACAUUUGCCUUAGUAUGUUAUGCAGCGUUUCAAAUCUAUAGGUAUUAUAUUUCAGGAGUGGAUGGGCUAGUGUGGUCAUAACAGUUAUUAACGACGGACCGGCCGUCCGCGGUCGUCACAUUAGACUAUCGUAAAACUUUCUCGGUUGAAAAAUCAGCGGUCGGACGAAAUUUUUCUAAUAUUCGUUUAUCGGUCAAAUUUCGCAUUUUAUUUCAAUUAUCGCAAUCACCGACGGAUUCCGUAAAACUCUCUGCCCCGGCCAAUCCGUCACUAGAGGCUUAGUCAGCGGUUAAUGUACGCGCGUGGUCGUGUGGAAGGCGUCGACCGGAGACAACGCGCCUAAGACCGCCUGAGAAUACAGUAUAGUAUUUCGUCGCGAAUCUUACUUUGCUUACUCUUAGUUAGUUUUUUUUAUAAUUUACGCGUUAUUAUUGUGUAUACGAGCGUGUUUACUGCAUAAUACUACAUUAAAAUACUAUAAUUGUAUACAGUACUUCGUGCCCUAAGAUGGGAGAAGAAUAACACCGCGAGAACGGGCGAAUAUUGUUCAGUAAGAUGUUUUCGAUACAAUCAAAUAUUAACGAUUAAAAUAUAAUAAUAUACUAAUACAAAUGAUAACGGCCGCGUACAAAUAACGAUAAUACCGCGAGUCGUUGACUGAAACCCAAGAUUAGCCAGAUUACAUGAACCUAGGUUUUACUAUUUAAUGCUAGGAUUUACGGUUUGUACACAGUGAAUGCUGAAAAUCGUAAUUUUGUUCGAGCUUUUACUGAACACUUUGUGUAUAUCCUAUAGGACGUACAAUUUGAGUUGGUGUAAAAUCUGAUAAUAUAUAGAUUUAAUAAUUAAUAAUUAUAAUUUUUAUUUGUCGCGUAAUCAGUUUUUACUAACUCAAUUUGGACGUUCACAUAUACACAAAAUGUUUGGUAAAAACUCGAAUAAAAUGAUGAUUUUCACUGUGCAUCAACUGUAUACAAACAGUAAAUUCUAACAUUAGCUAGUAAAACCUAGCCAGUCGGGCUUUCACGGGAACAUAGUACAUACGUACGCAAUUGUAUGAUAUGCGUCAUCGUUUUUCUUUUCUUUUCGUACUUUGUGAGAAAUGAGUAUUGAUCUUACUUGGAUGUGUGUUUAAUUUUUUUUUUCUGUCCGUUAACGAUUUUUUGACAGCGUUUGAAGCAGAAAUUUUAACGAAACCCGCCGACGGAUUGUAAAUUAUUUCAUGGCGGUUUAUAAUUUAAUUUUAAAUCUUUCCCGAAAUAAUAUUUUACCGCACGGUCUCUAAAAUAAGUUUACUCUGCAGAUUCGUUUUUAUCGGUUGUAAUGCCAUUAUAUCACCUAUUGUCUUUGCAUUCGAGAUUUAAAUUAAAUUUCUUACCCAUCAUACCCUGUGUAUUAUAUCCCGCCUAAUCAGUGGACAUCACCUGCAAUAACAGAUCUUUUUGUUUUAUUUUGUUCUUAAUAAUAAUAUCCGAGUCAUUAAACAUCGUGUAAUCUCUAUAAGCCUUUAUACCGGCACUCGGACACACUAUCCUAAAGUUGAACGAUUAAAACUUGUAAGACUUUACUCGAGAGAAAAUAACUCGACUGAUUUAUACUUAUAUAAGACCAUAGUGGGAGGAAAAAUCUAAAAAGAUAAAAUAAUGUUUUAUUCUUUGUUUACUAUUCGUAUAAUAAGUAUGCGUAUUGUCAAAUAAAUCGAUAAUUUUUGUUAUAAAUCAUUACACGCUUUUUGCUCUUAUUAGUGAGUUUUACAAGUAUAUUAAUAUAAUAAUUUGCUAUCUAAUUUAUUAAAACAAUAAUUCUCGAUUCAGUUUAUUAUAAUAGACAUUUAAAAUUAUUUAAAUAGUAACAUUAUGUAAUAUAUAACAAAACAAAAACUGUCACAAUUGUUUUAUUCUUCUCAAACCAGAGUUAUUCUAUAGUAACAAACAAAAUAUUCAAUUUUGAUAAAACUAUUUAAAAUCAUAACAAUUUAUAUGAAAAAAACCCGCUCGUAAGGAAAUUAUGAGUUAAUAUUAUUAUUUUGGACGACGUAUCAAAAAAAAUAAAAAUCAUUUACAAAUAGUGUAAUGUGUUGUAUGUAGGAACGAAGAGUAAUAAAGUCACUAAUUUUUUUUUCUUACUAAUAUUUUAUAUCUGAAAGAUUAAAUUCCAACAAAAAAAAUAAAAAAAAUGAUAAAAAUAAACCUAAAGUAAUAAUAUUUGUUUUUCUAAAUAAUUAAUAAAAUAGUUGUUGUCGCAUAAAACUCGGAUUUAUCAGAUUAAAUGCAGUGGUUUUGUCAUAUUUAAUUUUAAUGCAUAAUUUUAGAGAUGAUGCAUUUUGUAAAAACAAACUUCUUUUUGUUCAGUUAUAAGAAUAACUGCACCUACGUGCAUACAAUUCUAAUAUUUCCAAGACAAAUCAAAUAUUAAUAUUGUUGAAAAUGUAUUUUAAAUUCAAAACUAAAAUACAUGCAUAUAAUUAAUGUUCGAACAAUUAUUAUUAUUUUAUAUACGCUGUAACGUAUAAUAUAAAAUGUAUUUAACUGUUUUCUGAAAACCGUAACAUUUUUAUUAUUACAAUACUAUACAAUACUAUACUGUACAAUACACAGUGAUGGUUUUUUUUUCCUUCACUUAAUAUAGUAGUUUCAGUUAUCGUUUGAAUAAAGUAUUAGGAUAAAAAUAAAACCUACUUGGCAAACUCAAUACAAUAUUUUUUAAUAUUGCUAUUCCAUUAAAAUUUAUACACAUUUUGCUAUUUGAUCACAUAAUUUAAUGAAUUAUUUCGUUGUUUUGUAAAUUUAGAAGUAGACGUUGCAAUAACGUUGAUACAACAUGGCCAACGUGACACAAGCAAGUUUGAACGAUUUCACGGCGAAAACACAAAAUUAUCUUUUACAAGUAUUCAAUAAUGAAUUAGUUUUCGGUAAGUACCUUUAUGUAAUAUUUAAUACAUUUUUCGAAAAACUUGCUUAUUUACAGGAAAAAAUCUCGGGCCUCACGUUGAAUGGUCCGAUUUCAAUAAAACAUUUUUUUUAAAAUGAAAACAAUUUCUCAAAUUUCUAAUAUUAGACUUUAAAUUUGAAAAUUUAACGUCUAAAUGCUACAGUUAGAGUUUUCAGUAUAUUACCAGUUUUCCCUAAUUUUAAAUUUUUAAAUCAUUUAACGAACCAUAAGAGUUUUUCCUGUAAAGCAGGUUUCGAGCGUAAAAAAGAUCAUUUUCAGGCACUUUAUUAGCAUGAAAAUUAAAAUUGAUUAAACAAUUUGUUAAGAUUAAUUAAUUAUUGUAAACGUUAACAAUUUGUAAAAAAACACGGACAAGGCCUUUAAAAUCCAAAUUAAAUAUUAUUCAAUAAUAAUUUUUGGCGAUCAAUUUAACAGACGAAGUGGUCGACUCGUGGCCGUUCAUGAAUACGCCGUGGAUGGUGCUGACGAUUUUAUCUGGUUAUCUGUUGUUCGUAUUAAAACUCGGCCCGAAUAUGAUGGAAAACCGGAAACCGUUUAACAUCAAAAACAUAAUGCUUUUGUAUAACGUGAUACAAACGCUUUACAAUAGUUGGCUCGUAACGUUGGUGAGUUUCUUCAAUAUAUUACCAUAUAUAUAUAUGACUUAAUAACUAUUCCAUUUCCAAAGAAAUAUUUAAGAACAUGUCAAUGCGAGCGUGUUUUUCAUUAUAAAAUCCACGGGUCACAAAAUCGUUUUAUAUCUAAAAAUUUUCCCUAAACAGUCCAUUUGAUGAAAAUAAUAAUUAAAGAAAACGACUUUAUUUAUAGCCAAUAGGGGUCAAUGUGUUCAUUUCGAAAACUAAAAGAGCCACUUAUUAUUACAGUGGUUAUGUUUUCUGAUUUUCCGUAGCGCACACAUGUAACUAUUUGAAUUUUUUUACUAAUGGUAGUAAAUACAAUAAUAAUUGCCUAUAAUAGAAACACAGGUGGCACGUGCACAAUUUAAUUUUUUGUAGUGCACAAAGUGUGUCGUAUAGCACUAAAAAAAAUAACUACCACUGCUUAUUAAUCUUGAAUAGCGAUCUCGAGCACAGAUGUACAUAGAUCUCGUCUCAUUCAAGUAAAUUAAAAAUAAAUAAGUAUGUUAUUUGUAUGAUGAGUAAAACUUCUGAAAUCACUUUACACCACAGAGUCAAUAAUUAUAAAUCUUACUGUAUAUGAUAGAAUACCUGAAUACUGUGAUAUGAAAUCAGCCGUGGCGUGUAUCAAGAAGACACAGAUCGUUUUGAUUAACCGACGAUCUUAGAUAAUUUGAAGUCCGACGAACAUAUAUUAUUGGGGCAUACUCAAAUCAACGUUUACUUAUUAAGCACUAUAAGUUUAACUUAUUUUAGAUUGUAUAUUUGGUUCCAAGAAAUAAAGCCUCACGUCAAUUUUAUUUAAUGUAAUUUGUUUAUGCAAUUUUUUCCAAUAAUUUUUUUCACGAUUCCAUAAUAUUCGUAAUUUUUCUAUAAUUGGCAAUAUAAAAAAAAUAAUUUAUAAAAUCCACUUCUUAAGCACUUCUCCCCUGAGACCAAAUAUAUAAUAAAAAUUAUAUAGGUAAUUUUAUAGCGUAUUUGCGUUAAUUAUUUUGUUAUUUGUAUUAUAACUAGUAUAUGUAUUAUGUAAUUGUGGUAAUUGCACAUUUUUGUAUUUUGAUAUUCUGGUAUUUUAUAAUCGUGUCAUUUAAUUACUAAGUCAUAACCAUUAACCUUAAAUAAGUAUAACUUGCAGCGAUCGUGGGUAGAAUUUUAACUAAAACUUGCUCGGCAAGUGGACUAAUCAGUUAUUGUAGGGCACAUUAUCCUUUAUGACUAUGGAUUAACCCAUGAAGUUAUUGGAUAUAAUACAGAAACUAUUUGAGAUUGAUUUCAAAUAUUUUCCUAUUAUCACAUAAUUCGUAGCAUAAACAAAUAUUUCAUAAUUAAUCAAUGAAAUUUGCCUUUUCACAUCUCACGCAUAUGGUUGCCAAGUUUUAGAUACUCUGAUACGUCAGGUACGCACUCAUAGGGUCGGCUAUCUAGUUAUUUUUUAUAUCUGUACUCGGAAUGGUAUUUUUUUCUGUUUUGUGAAAAUACGUUUUUGGCCAAAUAUCACGGUUACCUAAUAAAUAAUAUAGACAUUUACUUGUAAAACUUAAUAACUAACGACACGGACUUUUUUUAAAUUUAUUUUUAUGUGAGUUUCAAUAUUCUUGGUUAAAUCCAGGAAACGAUUUUUACUGUUUAAAUAUAAUCAAUAGGUGUUAAAAUCAAUAUGAUUACUUAGGUGUUACACUAUUCCCCAUACACAGGCCCGGUGUAAGAUAUUUUCCGUCCUAAAGUGAAAAUUCUAUUCCUGUCUUUUUUGACGAUUAUCAAUUUCAUUUUAACGCUUCAAUUUAUUUCUUUAAAAUUGUAUGCCACCAAAAAGCAACGCAUGGCUGGCUUGUACCCUAGCGACGGGCCUGCUCAUGUAAUAUUUGUCUAUAUUAUUAGGUAUUCAAAUUAACUAUUUGAAUACCUACCGAAUAUAACCUUAUAGUCUCUGCGAAUUUAGUAAAUAUAUGAAAUGCAAUCAAAUUCAAGGAAAUAUUUGCAUACAUCCGAAAUGCAUUGUUAUUGUACAGAGGUUUUUCCAUUUUUAGGGUGACAUUCUGCGCGGAGUGGUGAUAAAUUUUUAAAUCCAUCCUCGACAUAACAAUAAUAAUAAUAUAUAGUUUAUUAUGCUUAGACGUAAGUACACCGGUAUACCGCGGUCUUACAUCUUGAACAGCUCACACCUUUACAUUAUAAUUAAUAAGUUUCAAUUUCUCAAUUCGCGAAAACGAUAUAUUUUAGUUAUGCCUAAUAAGAAUAACGCGCACUCGAAGUAUAAAGCAUACGCGGUUAUAAAUAUUGAAUAUGUACGAGAGUCGUAUUAAAAUCGAUUUGAGCUUUGUUUGUGUAACGUAUUAAUCUAAUAUUCAAAACAUUCACGACUGCUAUAAAAUAUUCUACAUUUGGACGUGGAUACCUGCCGAAAUAAUAUCCCACGAAUACUCAUGGUAAUAUCUCCAGAAAUAAUAAUAAGAUAUUUUAGUUUUUUUUGUAUUCACAGAGAAAAGGACUACAUAUUUUUAUAUUACAAUUAAUUUUUUAUGUUUCUAUAAAAAAAAAAACUUUAUUUUAUUAUUUUGGACAAUUUUGAAGAUAACCAAUUUACAGAGUUUAUUCUUCUGAAAAUGUUGAAGUUUCAACUUUUUAUUUUCAUUAAAUUUGUGACUAAUAAUAAUUUUUAAAGUUUAAAGAAAAGUUCCCAUAAUUUUAUUAAGCAAGCUGUAAUCGCAUUCGCUAAUUGAUUAUUAUUAUUAUUGUGGCUAAUUGACUGUACUUGUUUUUUUUUUCGUACAUUUUAAAAUUUAUUAAAAAUCAUAAAUGAAAAUAAAAGUUGCACGUCAAAAUGUUCAAAAGAAUAAUCUCUGUAUAGUUAUUGUUAAAAUUUUUUUACUAAAACAUACAAAUUUAAUUCAAAUAUAAAUAUUUGUAGUCUUUGUCCCUGUGAGUAAAAAAAAUAUAAAAAAAAAAACAAAAUUGGAUUACUUUAAUUAUCUCAGGAGAUAUUGCAAUGGUUAUAUUUUCGUGACACACCGUAUAUAUAUUUAUUUUUGAUGAUAAAAUACCAAAAUUAAUCUCGAUUCUAAAACUUGAAAGUCUUACAAAUCACAAAAGAGCACCUAAAUAUCAAAUUAAAAUCAUUUUACUGUAUUAAAUAAUUUAUAUAGGUAUUUAACAAAAUUAAAAUAUUUUACCAACUCGACGAAAAUGACCUUAACGAAUAUUCCAAGCUAAAUUUGAAUAAACAAGUAAUUUUAAUAUUAUUUUAUCGAAUGGAUAUGUAUUAUUAUGGAUAUUCAUUAUCAUAGAUAUUCAAAAUAAUUAUUAUCACUUCUUCUUCUUCUUCAGGUGCAUAUUUAAUUCCGGAUCACUAGGUACUUACUUAUAUUAUAAGUUUAUGGGGUUGAUUUCUUAUUGAUUGCUUAAUUUUAAAAUUUACAAGUGUUUUAUGCAAUAAGAUAUAUUAACUACAUAUCUAUACACAUUUUAUUCGUAUAUAAUAAUAUAUAGUCUACCAAAACAGAAGACAUAUAACAGCAACAUAAUAUAUAAUACCUACUAAACAAAAUGCAUUUUUAAUAAUUAUUUUUUGUAAUUGAAAAACUAUAUGUGAUUAUAAUAUUAAAAUAUAGUAUUUUCUUUUUUAUUAUACAAUUAGUUAUUCAUAACACCUGGAGCAAUAAAUUACUAUGUCAAUCAUUUAUGUCAUCCACUGCCUCGCCAUCACAACCAAUUUCUCAUACACGAGGUAAGUAAAAUUAAAUCCAUUUGCGUUAUUUAAAAAUUAUGUUGAAAUAAUUUUGCGUUGAUAUUAUUGUUAUUAUUAUUUUUAUAAAUACUUAUACCCGAACGUAAUAAUAAUUGACAAGAAAAUAAAAUAAUUAUUAUUAUUGUUUACUGUGCAUGUCUUAAUAAAGUGAAUAAGAAUACCAAAUAUAAAUGUAAAACAGAGAGGAAAGAUGUCAAUUAAAAAUCUUAACUUACUUAAAUUACCUACAGCAAAUUAUUUACGUAUAUUAUUAUAAACUUUAUAAGAGAAAAAAGGAAAUUAGUUCGUAUUUGCGUUCAUAGUGAGUCAAAAUGUAAACGUAGUUUAAAUACAAGUUUACGAAAGAGCUAAUAAAAUUGUAUAUCUCUUAUUUGAAGCCCUAAAAUAAAAAACUUUAUUGUGUUUCAGUUAAACAAAGCAUCGUGGUAUUUUUUUCUGUCCAAAAUAAUCGAUCUGUUGGACACGGUAAGUAUAAUCGACAAAAUGUUGUAUACAAAUAUUCUAAUAUUAUACUAUAUUACACUCAGGACAAUGCAGUGGAUUCAAAGAUGGUUCAACACCCAGGGGGCUAUUGUCCUCCCCUUUUCCGUUUGCACCCAAAUUCACUCCAAGCCCCAAUAUACUCUGAUCUUGAUUUUCUUCAAAAUUAUGUGUCUCAUAUGAAUUUUAAAAAUCACCCUUUACAUUAUUUUGUCUUGAACCCAUCCCCUGGUACAGUGUGUGUUUUUUUUAAAUAUAUACCUAGUUCAUAUCGUGUUUGACCAAACAGACUUAGGUAGGCAUUGAUUAUAAUAUAUGGGUCGAACGACAAACAUAACACCAUGUCAAGCUCUGGACAUUUUAUAAAUAACAUUAUGAUAAAUAUAUAGGUACAAUGAAUAACAGCUAAAACUUUUAUAUGAGAUACCAUCCUUUGGCUGUUAUUAAACUUCUAUUAUAUCACAUAUUAUCACGAGUUCAAAGGAUGAACAUUCUGCUUCUGCAUUAGAUCAACGAAAUUCCUCUGUCUAAACGAAAACAAACUUCGUAUUACACAAACCGUUUUCAUCGUAAUAUUAUUAAACGUUUUAUCAAAAACUUGAAUAUUUAAGUAGGUACCUAUAAUCGUACAAUUGUAAAAUCAUUAUCUUCAUCUUUUCGAUUAUGAGCGUAACGAGAAAUGUAUUUGUUUUACUAUAUGCGUAGAUUUUAUUUCGACAUUUUAAAAACAUUCCUACGAGAAAUCUUGCACCAAUCCAAAAACGAACUUUUUUGUAGCGAUAAUAAUGCAUUUUUAGUUAUUUGUUAUCAAGUAAUGAAAUUAUUAAAAUAUAUAAAUUAAAUCAAUCUAUAUUUUCUACCUUAUUCUCAACUUUCCACCUGCAACAGUUGCACACCAUCAGCUGUUUCAGCUCCUUUUUACUUAAUGCUGUUAUUUAAAAAUGCUAUUAAUAUAAUGGAACCGUUGUAAUAUAAAUGUAUAAAUAAUUUAUUUAUUCGUUUACAGGUAUUUUUCGUCUUGAGGAAAAAACAGUCACAUGUAUCUUUCUUACACGUCUAUCAUCAUGUUAAUAUGGUUAUUACAUGUUGGGCAUACCUGAGGUUCAUAAAAGGUAUCAUAUGAGCAUUAAUAAUUAUUGAAUAUUAUAUUUUAAUCAAAUAACUAAGUGUUUCUAUAAUAAUUUAUUUUAAGAGGAUGUCACGCAUCUUCCAAUAUUUAAAGGGUUUCGUUAUUCCGUGUAUAAGAAAUUUUAACAACAUUUAUGAAAGAUAAUAACAUGAAAAUUUAUCUACACAAAAAUAUUAACUGAAAUACUCACUUAUAAAUAAAAUUAAAAUACAGUUCUUUCGCGAAAUUUGUUCAAACAUUUACAAAUUAUAGUUUGGAAAUUAUUACUCAUCAAAGUAUCCUUUCGUGUGUCCUUCUAAUCAUUAAUAUUUCACUAGACGCUAAUAUUAUAAUGUUAACUCACAAAUUUCUAUCGAUACUGAUUAUUCUAAUUUCAACUUCAAUACAUGUUGUAGUAAACUAACCGAAAAUCAGUUACCAGUCUUUUUGAGUGUCCGAGUACCUAUGUUUAAAUAAUUUAGGAAUGCUUUUUGAUACAUAAAUCUCAAAGACUUUAAAAAUAAUAGCUUUAUCUAUUUUUAUUCCAGAUAAUGAAACACUUAAGUUCAUGUUACCAUUAAACUAUAAUAAUUUCACAUUUUAUAAUUUUAGAUUUUAAUUCUUUCUAAACAAAUUUACUUUUUAGUAGUUUUAACAAUUUUUAAUAAGAUUUUUUCAAAAUAUAUUUUUAUAACUCAUAACACAAUAUAGUAAUGUAAUCUAUCUAGAUAAAGUCAACCUAAUAAGCUCAUUUAUUAAUACAAUUAAAUAACAUAUUCGUAAAUAAGUUUAAUAUUAAUUUUUAAUUUGUUGAAUGGAGAAUUGAUUAUUCACGUCAUAUUAAGUGGAUUAAACCAAACAAAAGUAUUUAUAAAAUAUUUUGCAUAUGAUGCAAACCUAAUCUAACAAGUAUUUGUAUUUAUAUUAAAAUUUAUUUUAAAAGAAAUUGUUAUUACAUUUUACAGAAGCAUUCAUAAACGUAUUCUGAAUACAUUUAAAAAGUACUUUUAAUAACUGACCAUUACUAAUAUGCAUACAAAAAAUUAAAAAAAAAAAAAGAUAAGUAAAGCGCGAAAGAUGGGCAGUAUUGUAGGUGAAAAGUUAGGAAGAUAGGAUAUAGAGGGGAAAUUAAUGUUUAUCUGUACGUAACUAUUAUCGAUCUUUGCUAACGAAAAACGAUUCUGAGCGGAGUUCGGUUAUAUACAUGUUUAUGUUUUGAAAGGCUGUAUAAUUUACGAUUUAAAAAUAAUACAUUUCAGACAUUUUUCUUACGUUUUUUCCCAUUUAUUAUGAAAAUCCUCAGAAAAAUAAAAACUGAAUUUAAUAUACCACCCCGGUCAAAUUUUUUCUUUUAAAAAAAAAGUGCUACACUUGAAAAUCGGAACAAAAUUUCUAGUAGAAAAGUUGUUCACGGAAAAUAUAAAAAUAAUGAAGAUCAUUGUAAAACCAAUAUUACAUUCCCCGCUUCGCUCAAAAUCUAAAACAAUAGUGUUUCAACUGAAGAACAAAAGUUUAUAUUGCCGUAACAGCAAGGUACUCUUGAAAAAGUAUAUUAAAAAAAAAUCUAAGCGUUGAAAAUUUUAAUCGCUGUGAACGUAUAUAUUUUUCUAAUAAUAGAAUUUGAAUUUGUUUUAUUAUUUAUUACAGUUGAGUUUUGUGUGGGGGUGGGGAGCAAGGGAUUAAUCCAUUAUUUAAGUAUCACAUUAAUGCAAUGAAUUUGCUUCAAAAAUAAUAAUUAUUAUUCGACUUUAUAACAUAAUACCAACGAAACAAUGUACAUUAUAUAUAUAUAUAAAAUAAAAUAAUUUUUAAAACGGUGUAGCUAAACAGAAGAUAAAAAAAAAAUCGAUGUAAUAAAUGUAUUUUAUUGCGAAAAUUAAAAAUAAAAUAACACAGUACUUUUAUGGGUUUUAUUAAAAUAAUACGAUUUCUCAUAGGAGAACAAUUGUUGUUCAGCGGAUUCAUCAACUCGUUCAUACAUAUGGUUAUGUACAGCUACUAUUUCUUAUCGGCUUUGGGUCCGCAUAUGCAAAAAUACUUAUGGUGGAAAAAAUACCUGACCCGUAUGCAAAUCGUAAGUCGAGAUUUAUGAAAUAAAAAUAAAAACAAAAACCUAGUUGAUAAUCGUUUCAUUUUAGAUUCAAUUCAUAACGAUCAUGGCGUGGCACGCUGGCUUGUAUAUGUUCAACUGCAAUUUUCCGAAAUUAUUUAUAAUGUAUGUGGUCUGUGAUAUGGUCUUGUUUUUGUACUUGUUCUCUAUGUUUUAUAUGAAAACGUAUAAGCCGAAAAUCACUCUUAAAUUACACGGACAUUAAAAGAAUAGUAGGUAACAUUUAAAAUAAGGUGAUAAGAUGAUACAUAUCACACACUAGAUUUUAAUUGUUUUUAAUACAAUUUAUACAAUUUUAUUUUGGUAUAAAUUUAUUGUACUUCAUUUUUUUUUUUUUUUUUUAUAUAAUAAGUACAAAUAUAUCAUAACUGCUGUUAUUGUGUAUACAAUAUACCUAAUUGACAUUAAUUAUAGAUUUAGUUUUAAUGUAGAAUUAAUUCAUUCGACUCGGUGGCGCAGCCAGACAACAAAUAUCAAGGGGAACUUAAAUAGAAAUCAUCUCAUUCACUUUAUAAAAGUCUAUUAGGUACCUAUUAAGACGAUUGAAAGUCAUAUAGGUAUCUAUUGUGGUUUAAUGGUGCAAUUAAAUGCACCGUAGUAUAUAAUUUAUACUUAUAAAUUAUAAUUACACUGACUGGAUAAUAAUAUGUAUUUUUUAAACACUUUAAGGGUGGUAGAGACAAUUUUGCAGGGGGAGGCGUUAACCCUUUAACCACACCACUGGCUAUGUCACUGAUUAUUGUUUGAUGUUUUUUUCUGACGAGUUUUAACAAGACGUGUAAACAGUGUAAUCGAAACGUUAUUUUUUCCCUGAACGUUUGUUUUUAAACAUAUUAGUAAUUACAUACAAAUACAAACAAAAUCAUUAACCUAUUUUAAAAUGUAAUAAAAUAUUUCAACUAAUUUUUAUUUACGUUAAUAUUAUAAUAUUCUCUAAUGCAUUUUUAAUACGAAUACAUUAUCUAUUUUUUUUUUUUUUAUAAUAUCAUAAAUAUGUACAGGUUGAUCUUUUUUGUCAUGAUCCAGCAAUUAUAAAUAAAUUUAUUUGUAUUUUUUCAAUUAUUAAAAUGUACAAUUUCUCGAUUUGAAUACCAUUACCAAAUAAAUCAAUUAUUCACACUUACCUUUUAUGCACCUUAAAUGCGUAUAAACUUUUGAUAUUAAAACGACAACCUCUUUUCAAUAAGGAUUCAUAAAACAGAUACUAUUUCCGAAAAUGUUACAUUUGCUGAUAUCGAAUGUAUCGUUUGUGAGUUAUACAAUUUAUUAAAUUUCAAUGAUUUAUAACAGUUUAAAAUUUUGACUGGGAUCGGUGAUAAAUUUCUUACCCGCUUAUAGCCUCUUCUACUCUUUUGGUUUAUAUUUUAAACCAUAUUAUAACGCACAAUAAAUGUUUAAUCCAAUACACCUAAGUGCUAUGUAUAUACAAGUUUUUUUUUUUUAACUCUGUUUUCGUAUCUGGUUUUGUAAAGAAGAAUAGAUAUUUUAACAUAAAAAGUUUGUAUGUGUUUAAAGUGUGAGGAAUGAAGGUAAAUUAUUUAAAAUAUAUAGUACAUAAUACCAUUAAACGGUUCUAAAAUGACUGAAAAAAAAAUCAAAAUAAAUUUUACUAAAUAAAUAUCUUUGUAGAUAAUAGAAGGAUCGUGAUAAAAAAAAACAACCUCUGCAUUAUCAAUGCUAUAUUCUAAUUUUAUAAAAUUUGUAUAAAUACUGCGUGUAAACCAUUUUAUUGUAAAUAAUUUUAUUUAAUUAGGUAAUUAUAUUUUUUAUGAUUUUUGUACGUUUUAUGAUAUUUAGAUACUCGCUUAGAAAAUUUUCCAAAUUACCAUCAUUAAGUUUACUAAAAUAACAAGAAAUGAAAUAAUUUUGAAAUAUAUAUAUUUUAUUAUAAAUAAUAUCAAUCAUAUGUAAAAAGUAUACAAGACAAUAAAAUAAUUAAAUGGUUUGAU